AUGUCCACAGCGACGGGCGAAUUCGCUUCUGGCGUCUGCGCACGUGCAGGUGACAGGUCGGGGCCUCCCCCUCCCCGCGCCGCGCCUGGAGGUGACCCCCGCCUGUCACCUACCUGUCACCUGCCUGUCACCUGCCUGUCAUCUGCUUGUCACCCGCCGGCACUCGACCAGUCACCCCUUAACGUGACACUCCAACCGACCUCCGCUGACACG